AUGUCUGCUAGAUCGCCGAGAAGCUCGCUUUCUGGCAGCUCAGAUGUCGCGCUUGACUUUGCCGAGUCUCUGAAAGAUCUACAGCAAAACAACAAAUGGGAGAUCUCGAAUUUGACCACGAUAGCUCGCGAGAGUACUGAGCAUGCGCAAGCCAUCUCGAAGGCGCUCGAGGAUCAUAUCAAUACGGCAGCACCAAGCAAGAAGCUUGUGGCACUAUACGUACUCGAUAGUAUCGUCAAGAAUGUCGGCACGCCAUACACAGUCUACCUCGGCAGCAAUCUCAGUUCUACCUUUUUCAACGCUUACCGACUCGUGGAUCCACAAACUCGACGAGCCAUGGAGAGUCUUUUCCGAACCUGGAAAGAGCCCAUACCUGGAGCACUGGAUAGACAACCUGUCUUCACGCACAAGCAAACCAGCACAAUCGAGAACGCGCUCAACCAAAUCAAGGCAAUGGACGUCAAGCGACAACCGCCUAUGCAAGCGCAGUAUGGCCAGAGGCAAGUCGCCACCCCACCACAGUUCAAUGGCCAGUUUGCAAUGCCUCAAAUGCCUCCGCAACACCAACAGCCAGCGCAGUACUAUGCUCAGCAGCCCACACCUCAGCAGUCAUGGCCUCCCGCAUAUCCACCACCAACUCCACAACAUGUUCCGGUAGCACAGCCUCCGCCAUAUGUGGAUGUCAAUUCGCUCAAUGCCGACAUCGCGUCUCUAAUCUCUCGAAUACAGGCUAGACUUGCCGUGAAUCAUGGUGAUCAAGGCCUGUACACACAAUUGCAAGCUCUUCAACAGUUGCAACAGCUUAUGAACACUGGUGCUGUGACUGGCCAAGCACUUCAGGACGUCAGAAACAAAGUCAGUGGUCUGGCUGCAGCCGUGUCACCAUCUGUUGCACCGACACCACAGCCUCAUGCGCUCGCACCGCAGUGGCCACCAGCACAACCGACUCCACAGCCGUUCCAGAUGCCGCUUCCUGUUCCACAGCCAUAUCAGCCACCUCAGCAAGUCUCACUACCUUUCAUGCAGUCGCAAAGUACUGCUGCACAACAGGCGCCUCCAGCUCUCUUCCCUCCCGGCGCUCUCAAUGGUCUACAGGCAUUACUCGCGAGUGGCAACAAGCCGAGCACGCUACAAAUGCGUGUCGCCGCGCCAAUCCUGCAAAACGCUUCUCACAAUCAAUUGAGCAACGUUCAGAACAACAUCGCGGCAGCCCCACCAAACAAUCCUACCGACUUGCUCGCAGCUCUUAGCAAGAGUGGCGUGCUGUCCUCGCUGGUCCCUCCAAGAGCCACUCCCUCAACACAGCCACCAGUGGUCUCUGCGCCUCCACCACAGUCGACAGCAUCGCUCUUGCAAUCGCUCUCGUCCAUCUUCCCACCCUCACAGAAGGGCACACCAACCUUGCCACCCGCUCAAACAGCUGGUCAUGGUAGACCAAGAAUCCCGAUGACGACGGCCGAGCUCAAGGUCUUUCGCCCCGAGCUCGUCCGAGCACUCUACGACGACCAACCAAAUCAGUGCAGCACAUGCGGCCGCCGCUUCCUCGCCACCGAAGAAGGUCGAGCAAAGAAGCAACGACAUCUAGACUGGCACUUCCGCACCAAUCAACGCAUGGCCGACCCAGCAAUCAGUCGAGGCCAGCACAGACAAUGGUUCGUAGAUGAGUUCGAGUGGAUCACACUCCCCGAGUUCGACCCCUCCACAGCCAGCGCCACCGACACCGUAAACGGCGCAGCAGCACAAAAGAAGAGACAGAAAGGGCCACAAGACCAGUUCAUUCGCGCACCGGCUGGUGUGACACGAUUCACGUGUUCGAUCUGUCAAGAGGAGAUGAAGAGUUCGUAUUCUGAUGAGCUGCAGGAUUGGGUGUUCAUGAAUGCUACAUACUAUAAUGGUAAACCAGCCCAUGCGACUUGUGUGGAGGAGAUGAAGCGGCCGUUUGGUGGCGCUGGUGGGAGUGGAGUUGGCGCCUUGGCUGCUGCGCUGUCGGGAGCUGUGGGUCAGAGGCAGAGGAGUAGUACGCCGGAGAGUGCGCUGGGGAAGAGGAAGGCGGAGAGUAUACUGGCGGGGCAUGGGUCGAAGGUGAGGAAUGGGUAG